CCAAGACUGGAGUUUGCGUGGUUGUGUUAUUUUCACAGUUUCCAUGAUUAAGUGUGGAAUGCAGUUCCACCCCCUCUUUCUUCUCCUUUUUGUACUUCUCUCCUUCUCUCUUUCUUUAUGCUAAAGUACAUACACAUGAUAGACAGACAGACAGACAGACAGACAGACAGACAGACAGACAGACAGACAGACAGACAGAUAGAUAGAUAGAUAGAUAGAUAGAUAGAUAGAUAGAUAGAUAGAUAGAUAGAUAGAUAGAUAGAUAGUUUUCUGUCAUCAUGAGUAAACAAACUCUGAAUGGCAGGAAAUUUAGUGCACAUGAGCAAACAGAAUUAGUCUGACAGCUGGUCACAAGUUACCCCACGCCCUGGGCGGUGCCAGUUUAAGUUCAAUGACAGAUGACUAGUUAGUGUGAUAAACUCUAAACACACAAAUGUCCUCAGUGAUGCAUAACAAUCGGAAAGAGCAUUUGUACAAAAUCCUUGUCAUCGGUGAUUUGGGAGUAGGGAAGACCAGCAUCAUCAAACGGUAUGUGCAUCAGACGUUCUCCACUAACUACAGAGCGACCAUCGGAGUGGAUUUUGCGCUCAAAGUUCUCAACUGGGACUCAGAGACGAUCCGGCUGCAGCUGUGGGACAUCGCAGGUCAGGAGCGGUUCGGGAACAUGACAAGGGUUUAUUACCGGGAGGCCAUGGGGGCGUUCAUUGUUUUUGAUGUUACCAGACCCACCACGUUUGAGGCUGUCUCCAAAUGGAAGGAGGAUCUGGACUCAAAAUUAAUACUUUCAAAUGGCCAGAGUAUAGCCACAGUACUCCUGGCCAAUAAGUCCGACCAAAAUAGAGACUUUCUGCCUAACAACAGCCUGAAGAUGGACCAGUACUGCAAGGAGAAUGGAUUUGUGGGCUGGUUUGAGACGUCUGCUAAGGAAAACAUUAACAUUAAUGAAGCUGCAAACUUCCUUGUGAAACACAUAAUUGCCAGCGAGAAUGAUAUCUUGAAAUCAGUGGUUCCAGAUACCAUCUCUCCUCAGCUCAACUCUGAUAAAGAAAUGACCUGUUCUGCAUGUUUCAAACCCUGAGAGAAGGUGGCAUUAAUCUAUGGCAGCAGUAUUGGUUGUCCUUGGACUGAAGAUGAUGUAGAUCUUCACAGCCUCAUCCCUCCAAUUCCAGCACUAUGGCCAACCAUCGAUAAGCCGCAUCCACCACAGAGAGCUGUCCGUUAGUUACAGCAUUAAACUACAGACACUUUGAGCUUGGACACAAAGUAAAUGUAUUUAUGUUUGAAGCUGCACUUUAUUUCUGGUCUUUUUGUGUUGUUUAUGUCUAACAAAAACCUGGGGAGUUCUGGACUGGCAUGCUUGACUGAACAAGGUGAGAGAUUAUAGAACUACUUUCUGUCAGACACACAGACAGAUUGCUGAUUAUGCUUUCAGAAACAGGAAAGUUUUAUCAGUAUAUAUACACCAUAAUAUAGUUAUUUCUGGUUCUGGUGGACUGAGUUUUAAUAACCCCAGUGUUAAAUGAAAAAUAACAUUAUACUUUUUUUUUACUGUCUUUAAUGUGCAACACCUCUGUUAAGACAUUUUCAGAAGUGAUUUGCAUCUGCAUUUCAGCUAUAUUCCUAAUCUAAAAUCACUAAGAAUGUUAAAGAUGCCAUAAAGUUGCUUUAAGAGCAGGUUUUGUCUGCUUUGGCAUUUUUACUUUUGAAACAGGUUUGGGUUACGCAUUUUUACUUUUGAAACAAGAGGUUACGCUUUAGUUCAGGGGUCUCCAAGCCUGCUCCUGGAGAGCUACCAUCUUGCAGAUUUCAGCUCCAGUAAGGUUGGAACUUAAAGCCAGAGUCACACUGCACAAUUUUAGCAAUCUUAUAAGAUCAUUGCAAAUCACACUUUGCGACAUGGAUCUGAUAAACUUGGGUAUGACAUGAUGAUGACACCUAUUGACUCAUAGGCUACGACGCAUGUUACUAUAAAGAAACGUCAUUAGCAUGCGCUCGUGGUAGACAAAAAGAGCAUGAUGAAUCACAGUUUGCCACUUUUAACGUGUGCUGAAAAAAGUGGAAGAGGUUACAGAGGAAGGGAAAAGAGCUUGAAGUAAGCAGUUUUAUGCCGUGUCUUGUUGAUUUCAUGUUGCAUUUUUAUUGGCUGGUAAGUAAACAUGGGUCGAAGCGGCAAACACACUAUGCAAUGAUCAUGCUGAAUUUCUGACACUGUCAGAAAAUGAUCAUAGGCUAUCUUUGGUCGCAAGAAUGUGACAAUGGCCGUCUUUGAACCUCUCUCACUGUACGACAUGGGGCCACCGUUUAGGAGCCAUGAUCACAGAAAUCGCCACGCUUGUUUCACGAUGCCAAUCUUUUGUCUGGGACAGCCAUACAGUGUGUAGAAGGCUUGAAGUCUGUUGGACAGUAGCUCUCCAGGAUCAGGGUUGGAGAUUCAUCACAUUAACAAACCAGGAUUUGCUACUUGCUAAUUGGUAGCAGAUAGUAAUAGUGGGUGGGACAUUCUCACUCUAGAGAGCAUUCGAUUGGCCAAAAAUCUGUGUAGUUCAGGAUGACUCAUCAGUAUGUUGCUUGGUUUUCUCAUAAGAGAGUUCGUUUUUAAAAGCUGAAAGUGAAUUUUAUGAAAGCUUCCAUGAAAUGAAGAAUUCACAAAUUUUCUAAAUGUAUCUUAUUAUGAAUGAUUCAUCCAUGCAUAUGUUUCAUUUAAAAAUUCAGCAUGCCUUCAUCUAAUUAACAACCAUUGGAUUGGAUUUAACCUCUAGGAUUAAAACCAGUUAUGAUAUUCUGUGGUAUGCAUAUGUUACCAUACUGACGGUGUUAAAGCACUGUCGUGUUAUGAACAUGCAUUGUGUAAUAACACGUAUAAAGUAUUUAUAAUCAAGUUAAGCAUCUCUUUUAAUUAUUUGCACAAAAUAGUCUCCUUGAACAUCCUGGUCCUUCUUAUCUUCUGCCAUCCUUCCAUUUCAUCCCUUUUUUCACUCCAAUUCCACUCACUGCAUCUCACAUCUCCUUUGCAGUGAUUCACUGUAUGAUUCAUUGACAUUAUAUAAAUCUCCCAUGAUUCCCUACAUCACCAA